UUCACAGAGUGACUCUGUCCCGCAAGAGUAACGGUAGCAGGUGUAGGUACCAGCAACGAGUGCUAGCAGAGCAAGAGAAAAAAAGAACCCCAUAACAGCAGAAACGGCAAAAUGAAUCAACCCGUCAGUUGUUUACCCGUGACAGCCACAAAAAUGUCGAAGGCGAAGAAAGUGCUGGAUGAGGCCCGCGAGACCCAAAAUCGGGAAAUUGACCUGGUGGACAAGGCCAUUUCCACCUUCGAGGAACUGCCCGGAUUGCUGAAUAUGGUAUUCGUGACCCGGAUUACAUUGAGUCACAAUAAGCUUAAAACUGUUCCGCCAGGCAUCGCGAAUCUAAUCAAUUUGGAAAUUCUGAACUUGUCCAAUAACUAUCUGGAAGAGCUUCCACUGUCUCUGUCGUCGAUGCCAAAGCUGAGAAUUUUGAACUGCUCUAUCAAUCGUUUGAGCACGCUACCGCGAGGAUUCGGGGCAUUUCCGGUACUAGAGGUACUCGAUUUGUCGUACAACAAUUUGAAUGAGAAGAUUUUACCAGGGAACUUUUUCAUGAUGGAUUCGUUACGUGCAUUGUAUUUGGGAGAUAACGAUUUUGAAUUUUUGCCACCAGAGGUGAAAAAUUUGAAAAAUCUACAAAUUCUUGGACUCCGGGAUAACGAUCUACUGGAGCUGCCGCGUGAAAUUGGCGAACUGACCCGCAUCCGCGAGUUGCACAUCCAGAACAAUCGACUAACCGUGCUGCCGCCGGAGAUAGCCAAUCUGGAUCUGCUGGGGCAAAAGUCCGUGCUCAAAAUGGAAGAAAACCCCUGGGUUACGGCGAUUGCCGAACAGUAUAUGGUCGGCAUCAGCCACGUGCUCGAAUACAUCAAGACCGAAGCUUACAGAAUUUUAUACAAUCGAUAUAUUUCCGCCGGAAAGUCGGGCAAUGUACCGCCCAAGGUGGAUAAAAGCAAGAAAGCGUCUCGUGCUCGAUCAUAAUUGAAAAAUGACACCAUAACUGAGUAUUGAUUGUUCUCAACAUAUUUAAUAGGCCAUCGUAGUCUUCCAAAUCACUUAAAAGUAAUACAUUUGCGGAAUUAAUUCAUUAUGUAUGAUUCCUUAAUUCUUCUAAUAUUAGUUGAGCUAAUCUUUAGCUAUUUAGCAAUUUACUGCUUUAUGAACCAUUUAACAUCGUGUAAUAAAAUUUUAGAAUACCUAACAGUAGGAUCGUGCCUUAAAGUAUAACAUGUGCAUUAUGCAUCUAAUGUGCCGUUGAAUGUUUUAUAAAUAAAUGUUAUUACUUUUACUAAUAACUUAUAAGUGCAAAAAAUAAAUGAAGAAAACUCAUCUUAACAUA